AUGAGAAAGGAACUAAUUUCGAAACCUACACAUGAACUAUCGGAGAAAGCUAAAGUCUGGGACAACGCCUUCAAAAUCAAGUUUCAAGAGCCGGCCAACUUCCUCACUGGGUUAACUAACCGCUUAGAAGAAGUCGCCAGUGACAGUGUAACUUGGUCGUUGUCCAGUCGUCUGGAUAUGGGAAGACAAGAUCUAUUUGUGAGCUUGGGUCUAAAGGGAUUUCUCUCAUAUACGUGUGUUUCCGUAGUAAAAGUUCAACCGGUUACCCACCGGCAACUCCGAUGA